AUGUCUACUAAACCGCUAUGCUCACCUGACUAUAAUAACACUUAUAUCGAUUCCAUUGAAUUUUUUUCACUACUUCUUCACACCAUUGGAAUUGUCUCUACCCCUAUUCACAUUUUCGGUAGCUACUGUGUUUUGUACAAAACUCCAAAGGAAAUGAGUUCUGUCAAACCGAGUUUGCUUUAUUUAGAGACAACAACCUUUUUACUGGAUUUGAUGUUAUCGGUUAUUUGCACGGUUAACGCUUUCAUCCCGCUAAUGGCAGUACUUCCAAUUGGUAUACUCACAAAAUUCGGACUAAGACUUCCCGAAGUGUUUUGGAUUCUAGAAAUGACCAUAGCACUGUUUGGAUGCUCUGUCAUUGUUCUCUUGGAGAAUCGGUUAUACAUUCUGAUGAUCGAUAAAAGAAUGUGGAGAAGAAUUCGCAUCCCUUUUCUCGUUUUUCAACACUUUACAGCAAUCAUGUAUUUUUAUCCAAUUUAUAGGACAAUGCCGCCUGGUCCCGAGAAUCAGAAAGAAUUCAUUUUAAAGGCGAUCCCGUGUCUUCAUCCAGAUGUACGUAAUGCUCCAUUAUACCUGGUCGUCGAGGACAGGUGGAAAUUCUUGAGUUGGACAGUAGCUGAAGCUCUUCUAGUAGCUUUGACACUCCAGGGAAUAUUUAUUUUUAUUAUCAAAUCUCUCAGAAGUUACGGUCAAAAUCGAUCCAACAAAACCGUCGAUCUGCAGAAGAAGCUCCUGCGAGCCAUAUCAAUUCAGUUAGCCCUUCCAUUUUGUAUAAUAUUUAUACCUCUAUGCUACUAUACGUUUUCCACAUCUUACCGUGCAGCUAUUAACAAUUUGAUGUACGUAUUGAUGUCAACCCAUGGACUAUUUUCAACAGUUGUGAUGAUUAUCGUGCAGAAACCAUAUCGAGAAUUUCUUCUGGCUUUACUUUUAUUGAAUAGAAGAAGUAGAGAUUUGGGAACCAGAGCAACAAAUUCAGUUAACAAUGGAAUUGUCACAAAUCGAAUGUUUUAA